AUGUUCCAGUCUCCAUCGAAGAAUACACAUUCAUCUGUCGCCCCUUCAUCGGCAGGUCCAAGUUCGAUUUCUACCGCCACAACAACCCCAAUUGCGGCUCAAACCUCGUCAACAUACACUCCUGACCCCCCUCGCCCGUCUUCACCCGCAGAUUCCCACAUCUCAUCCUCGGACAUCGAUGAGCCGCAUGAUCAGACAGAACCUUUAGCUGUCGAGAAAGUUGCAACGGGGAGUAAUACACCGACUGCUAGCACACCGGGAGGAAGAUUGAUUCCUGCAGCAAUUAAUACAGAAGAUAAACAAAUCUAUCCCCAGGGCGUGCGAAGUCCUGUUGUUGAAGACACUCUCAGUGAUAUUGAUGAAGCUAUAACCGAGAUCUCGAACUCAAGUCAGCGUCGAGCUAGCAGGAUUAGUAACAGGCGUCAUACAUCGAUGCAAUCAACUGUUCCUACUCGAGCUCUUUCUCCCGCGGAAGAGGUCAUCGAAGAUUCGUCAUCAGAAUAUUCAAGGCAAGACGAUAUAGAAUCAAACUCAAACUCAGAAUUCGAGGACGACGAGGAAGAGGAUGAGGCCGGCGAUCACGUAUAUCGAAACGAAGAUCUAACUAACUACGAAUACAUCUAUUCUGAGGUAGAAAUCAGAACUUGGACCCCUUACCAGGUUUCCCAAUAUCUUCAAAGCAGAAACAUCCCGUUGGCGACUUGUCAAAAGUUCGAGGAGGAGGAAGUUACUGGUGCAACGCUGUUGCAGCUAGAAAUGUCCCACUUAAAGGAGUUGGAGAUUGGUAGUUUUGGCAAAAGAUUUGAGGUAUGGAAAGAGAUCGAGAACUUGGUUAAAAAGGCAAAAACAGUUGUUCCGGCAGUAGUAAGACGCAGUGGUAGCGACGCAAGGAUAUCGACGUCAAGCCACAACAGCAAAGAAACUGCUCGUCAAAGGAGCAGCACGGUUACUGGCGGGACGGUAUUGCCACGAAUUCAAAGUCAGCAUAACCGAGUCUCUUCGCGCCAACAACAUCGUAUUAACGUUCAUGAUGCCAACCAAUUAGACGUCAAUGUGCUUGGACAUGGGCCUCUCCAUACUCCAAUGACCGCAACAAAUUCGACUAAUCCUUCUGCGCCACCACCUUACGCAGGUGUUUUUGAGGCUCCCCGGUCCCCUCCAAUCUCUCCACAGCGAAAUGCAGAUACUGCUGGGCAUUAUCGUCGGUCGAGUGGUAAUAGACGCCUUUCUAGCCAGGAACUGCCAGCUACUGCUCUUAACGCAGCUUUGUCAGCGAGUGCUGCCGUACUUACAGCUGGGGGAAAUGAUGGAGUCUCGCAUCAACGAGGUGGAUCAUUUGAUAGGAAUUGGUCGAUUCCAUCGUUCGGAGGAGGGCUCAAGUCAAAUGCUGGGACAAAAGCGCCAGAGAAUGGUCAUAAAUCGAGUAACAGUAUUGGUACUGGAGAUUCAGUUUUAACUGCAGAUAGUGGGUUCUCGGGAUCUCAAACCCAUGCCCCCAAAGUGACAGAACGUAGCUACUUUUCAAGCGGAGAAUCCACCCCCAGAGAACGCAAAGUCUUGCAAAAGAAGAAUGGGGGUAAUCAUGCCAAAAAAGGUAGCUACAUCGAAGAACAAAGGCUGAGAAGUGCUACAGCUCACAGUCGUCAAUCGAGAAUCGGGAGCGCAGGCUCAUCAGUCGAAACAUCGCGAAAACCUUCACCAAUCGUUACGGCGGCCCAAGCUUACCAUGCUCGCGGGAGUAGCAAAGAUAAGAAACGGAUGAGCUCAUUUAGUGGAGCUCCGGAAGGAUUCCCAUACGAUGCUCCAAGGCUUUCACCCUCCCCGUCGAAUAAGAUAAUCAGCCCUCCAAAGAGGAAUGCUGAUGAAUCAACCAUCGGCUUUGCGUUGUCACCCAGCACACCACCCCCUUUACCAAAUUCUCGCUCCUUAUCCGAGCAACUAACCCCUCAAGGUGAAUCUGGUGGUCGUAGUUUCAAUUCGCUGGACGGUUCAACUCCUUCUAUUAGCGCAACAAUAGCCUCAGACCCACUGCGUAUUAUUACACCUGGUACUCCCGAAAAACCACCAAAGGUAUCAUCAUCCGCCGGUCGUCGUAUCCGUGGCGUUUCGUCGGGAACUGCCCUCCGUACAAAGUCAAAAAAGCAUAGUACUAGUGCUUGGGAGAAAGGCCUUCGUGAAGUAACUCCUCGAGAGGCGGCGGAAACGGCUGACUACAGCGGCUGGAUGAAAAAGCGUGGGUCCAGUGGAAUUGGUGUUUGGAAGUCUAGAUUUUUUGUGUUGCAGGGUCGUAGAUUGUCUUAUUUCUAUUCAGAGCGUGACACUAAGGAAAGGGGAUUGAUUGACAUUACAUCCCAUAGAGUACUCCCAGCGACGGAAGACAGACUUGUCUCUUUGCAUGCAUCUUUUGCCGCGGCAACGAGCCCAAGUGCAAGUCCUGCUAUUUCAUCCUCCGGAUCCCCACAAACAUCAACUGCAGAUACUAGUGCACAGAAAUCACCAACCUCGCCACCAUCCUCAAAAGAAAAGGGAAAAGAAGUCGAAAAAGAUAAGGGGUGGUUCACGUUCAAGCUCGUCCCUCCUGCUCCUGGUGCCACCAAAGGCGUUACAUUUACCCCACCAAAGCUUCACUAUUUCGCAACCGACACUCGGGAUGAUGGGAAAAAGUGGAUGGGUGCUAUUAUGAAAGCAACUAUCGAUCGGGACGAAUCAAAACCAGUCAUAUCCAGCUACAAUGCAAAGACUAUAUCGCUUGCAAAGGCUAGAGAGCUAAGAGCCCGCCCUCCAGAUCUGUUGAAGGAAGGCGAAGAGGACCAGGAUUCGUUAUCAGACUUGUUGAGCGCGGGAUUGGCGAUAUCUGGGGUAGAUCUGGGAGUUGCAGAAGGGCAGGAAGCGCAGGAAGCGCAGGAAGCGGAGGAAGCGGAGGAAGCGGAGGAGGCUGAUGUGGAAGACGAGAGGGAUGAAGUGCUAGAAGGAACGGAAUCCGGGCUUGGCAAGGUGGAUAGCAUCAGUAGUUCGGCACCCUCCCAGGAAACAGGUGACCCAACUGAGGGAGAUGUGCAGGGGAAGAACACGUCAAAUCCACCCAAGUCCAAUGGGGUUGCAGCAACGACCGAUCUGAGUAUUGUUGCGUAA